ACUACCGUGUAACACUUCAAAAAAACUCAGACGAUGUAUCUAAAUAUCUUAAUGUUGAACAAGCCCCCGAAGUAAUUAUCUACUAAAGUAAAUAGCACCGAGUCGCAUGAAAAUACAAAUGGAAGCAACUGGCAGUAAACCCAUGACCAAGAUCCACAAGUCAGGAUUCACCAGGAAUUCGAUAUCUACCCACAACCUUCUGGAAGGUUCGAAGUAUUAUGUACUUGGUAAGAGAGAAUCCACGCCCGAAAUUGAUCUCGACACGUCGGUUCCCUUUCGUCGUGAGAGUAUCACAUUGAGGACUAAAUCAACAGACACUAUGUCGUACAACCUAUGGAAAUCUCGCCGGAGUUCUUUACCUAAUUACUUGCCCACUGGGCAAAAGAAAAUUCCAAGUUGCUCGGGGUUUUCUGUACCUUUUGUUUUAACAAAGGAACCGAAAGUGCUACGCAAGUAUUCUACUUCUCUUGGGAGCACUGAAAACCCGGAGAGCAAAGAGCAAAUGAAUGAGGUAAACCCUGGCAAAGACGCUGCGAAAAAUGAUGCAGUAUCAACAAAGAUUCGCGUAUUGCCAAAAGAAGAAACAUGGGAACAGAUAUUUCGACGAGAAAGCUCGGCGAUAACGCAGGGAUCAAGAUCAUAUUGUGAUUCCGUUUCAACGCUAAGAGGUUCGAGUAUUUCUUUACGAAAAAGUGGAGGAGAACAUAUGGCAUAUUACGCAAAAAGUGACAGCAUAAAGCGCUGGCUCAGCGAAGUAGAAUAAAAGAAUCAAGAGAUUAUUCUUAAACCCGAGCUUACCCAACCUUGCUUCAUUUUACUAAGUAAUAAAACGUAAUUUUAAGAAAAUGAGUUGAAAGAGAAAACUUCGGCAGAAAAUUAUAAAUCUUGGAAUAGCUACAUAUUUCGCCACGUGAUUUCUGGAACCGUUUUAUUUUAAUGUCAUUGGCGUUGCGCCUUCACGAUAUUGAUCAAUCGAUACUGCCACAAUUCAUGAUUUGCUCAAACGUUUUGUCCCGUUCGGGGACUGAAAAUUUGUAGUAAAAGAAAGAUUUCGCCCGCUUCCGUUUGAUUUACUCUGAUUCUUUUUAACUUAAACUCAACGAAUUCGCCUUGUAGGAGCAAAGGGAAAUUUUUACUCAUGGAAAACCCAGCUAGUUGGUUACACUAAGUCAAGAUGUUGAGGGGCAGAAGUGAGGUUUGGAGAAAAAGCGGAACUUCAUAUCAUUUACCACUUAGGCCUUUUGCAUGCUGGAUUUUGAGCGAGGAUGUCACUAUCCAAUGACUAGGCGUCCUUAGGAACCGUCAAUAAGAUGGAGCACCAGCUGCUACCGCAGAGUACAUCUAAACAAUGAUUUAACCAUAACAUAAACUGACACCCUAAAGCGCCAUAUUUUUCGCUCCUUCCAUUUUAUGGAACUCAAUUGACCAUGUUACGACGACUGGAAUUAUUGACAAACCUCUUCGUUUGUCUGUUUAUUGAAAGGUAGAAUAGUACGAUUUGUG